UAGCUGUGUGUGUGUGUGUGUGUGUGUGUGUCUCUGUGUGUUGUGACUCGCGUGAGAGCCGCCACCGGUCUUUUUCUCCAGUCAGGAUGUCUGCAAUGCAAGAGCUGCUGCUGCCUCUGGCCCUCCUGGUGCUUCAAGCGUCUCUGUGCUAUGGAGCCUGCGUGGAGGUGGACUCAGACACAGAGGCCGUGGCCAACGAAGGCUUCAAACUUGGCUGCAUUUCCUGCAAGAUGAGAAGCGAGGUGCCCGCCGCGGCCUCAGUCGACUGGCAAUUCAAGGGUUUAAAUGAGACCAACUUCAGCCACUUAUACCACUAUGAAAAUGAAAAUGCCUCUAUUGUUGACCCACGUUUCUAUGAGCGCCUGCACUGGAACGGCACCAAGGGCAGCGAUGACCUGCAGGAUGGCUCUAUCUUCAUCCUCAAUGUGACCUUCAAUGACGCAGGAACCUACAAGUGCAUAUUCAGCCGCACCCUCAAGUAUCCCAACUACAAGUUUUCAACUGACCCCAACAUGACUAUCGUCAUGAAAGUGGUGCCACAAGUCACCAGGGGACUGGCAUCCAUCUUGUCUGAGGUGAUGAUGUAUGUGUCCAUCAUCGGGCUGCAGGUAUGGCUCGUAAUUGAGAUGAUUUACUGCUACAGGAAGAUUGCAGCGGCAGGAGAGGAAGCUUUGAGAGAGAGCGCGGCGGAGUAUUUAGCUGUAGCAUCGGAAAGUAAAGAUAAUUGUGCAGGUCUUCAAGUGGCAGAAUAGCAUUGUUUUAUGUUUUUCACUUCAAGUCGAGGAAGAAUUCAAGAAAGCUUCCUUGAGGAAUCUCACAUUGCCACUUUCAUGCCCUCUGCUCUUACCAUCACUCACAUCCUGCCAUCCUUUCCACAUGAUGGAAAAAUCUAACCACACGAUGGAGAAAGAUCUUCAUAGGAAGUUUUUUCAAGUGACUUUCUGCAGAAGGAUGGAAAGGACUGAAAUGUAUCUUGUUGUGAGGGUCAGGAGGGAUGCAUGAGGUCGUGGUCCAAUGGGACAGAGGAAGAGGGUUGAACUGUGUAUGCACAGAUUAUUUUGUAUAGAUAUUAUAGGCCUACAUUGCAUAUACACUGUCUGCAUGCUUAUGAGCUAAUCAAAAUGACCGACAUCAUGUUUCUGAUGUUCAGUCAUGUUUUUAAGAGUUUUUAAUCAGUUGUGUCAUAUUUUAUUUCACAGUGUGUAACCGAUAAUGGUUUUAUAAAGCCAACUAAAAGCUGUCAGUGUUUCCUCUGUUGGCUUUACGAAGCUGUUAUGCACAUAAAAACAGCUUUUAAUGAUACAUCAACAUUAGAAGCGAGAUAUAUAUAUAUAUAUAUAUAUAUAUAUAUAUAUAUAUAUAUAUAUCCAAGUUGGUAAAAAAUUACCAAAGUUACGUUUUUGCACUACUGUAUUUUACCCAAACCACAUCUAAAUAGUCAAAACUAUGUUCCACUAAAUCCAUGAAGAUAUACUUUUAAUAUAUGAUGUAGGAGGGCAUUAGGAUCAAUAAAAACUAUGAAACGUUACUAUUGCAAUUUCUCCUGGGUUGGGCCCUUUUUUCUUAGUUAGAUUGACUGAACUAUCUGGGGAGUUUUGAGUUAUCCACUUUCAAAUAAAGGAACAUACAGUCAUUAGUCAUCAUAAAUAGGUUAAACUUAUUAGAAUAUUAGAAAAGCAUAGAGCCAGUCAUGUUUUUAAUGUUUCGGACUGGGAAAGCAACCGAGAUGAGCUCCUGUUUUAUCUUAAUUUCUCAGACAACCGUAAUGUUUUUUUACGGUAUUUUCCUACAUCUUCCAGAGCUCAUAAUGACAAAUCAACCCUAAAAAAUGUUUUGCAACAACAAUCUAAAAUAUUUAUAGUUCUAUAGUCUAUUGAUAUUUCAGUGGGAUUCCCUGUUAAUUAAAGCCUUUUCAGCAGUCCACUAUCCUGUUUAAACUGGCUGUGUAUUGUUAAAAAACUUGGAUGGUGAGGAGCAAAAAUGGCACCAGAAGCCAAGUGUGACUUCCCGUGACAUACUGUAUGGAAAGCCCUCUGAUGAUCAAUUUGUAGUACUGCCAAAAAAGCAACUUUACCAAUUUACUUGAAGUGAUAUGAACAUGUCACCUUUAGCUUUCCCACUGAUGUUUCAUACAAAUGUCUUGGGUGUUUUUGAAGAAACUUAAGGGCUUGGCAAAUCGCUGUAUAUAUGUAGCCUAUAACUGCCGUGGGCAAACGUACCACAAAACCUGUCCAGUGUGCCUCCCAGGGUGAAGCCAGUGGUUACCAAAAAGAAAAAAGGCAUAGCUUUGUUACAAACCUUAAGUGUUUGUAAAAACAGCUGUCCUUGCUUCUCUUUCAGAGACGGUCAGUGAACACCACAUGGCAGCCAAAGACUGCCAUUCUGCAUGUUUACUGUUCAUCUCUUUCUUACCAAAAGUAAGUUUGAUACAUCUUGAGACACUGAGAAGAAGGGAACACACACAAACGCAUGAAUUAAUACAGUAUAACGACAUGCUGCAUACUGAUGGAAGAAGCACAGUACAGUAUCAACACACAAUGUCCAAUGAGUUACAAGCUAAUAAAAAGUAAAAAAGUAAAGAAAAAUAUAAAACAAGUGAUACCUCCUCCAUUCAAGCAGUGAUACAUACUGUUGUACUACGGAUAUAACUGCAGUUUCCUCUUCAUGUGUAGGUGUCGAAAUGUUGCUUGCC